CCGGCACGCGCCGACAGAGGGGAGGGGGCGAAGGGGGGCGUUGCCGGGUCGGGCAGUGUGGGUCCACCACGAGCGAGGCCCCGCCCUCCGUACGAUGACGCCAUUGCCAAGGGGUGAAGCUGAUUGGUCAAUCCCGACGGGCUCUUGCUGUUGCUGUGUGUGUGUGGGAAGAAACGACUGGAGCUGCCGGUAUCUCAUGAAGAGCCGGGAGAGGGGAAAGAGGGGUGCCGUCUUUCUAAGAAAGAACCCCCAAACAUGAAACCAGUAAAGAAAUCUCCUGGUCCAGGAAACGGCAAAAUCUCAAACUCCACCCGCAGCAAGAAACAGAAAAGAAAGGUGGAGGAAGGACGGCAGGAGGAGGAAGAGGAGGAGGAAGAGGCGGCGGCAACACCCGAGGAGGCAGCUGACAGCUCAGGACAACCCAUGGCGUAUGUGGGUGCCAGGAAGUUGCAGGUAAAAGUGGAACCUUCAGAGACCGACAUAGCAGGGAAUUCGGCAAAGCAGCAAGAUCUGCCAGCACAUAAUGCAGAAUCUUUGAUGGAGGCUGGGACAUCUCAAGGUUGCAUUGAAACUUCCAACAAUGAGCAAGUGAAAGUAACUUAUGACCCACCUCGUUGGGAGAUGCCUCUGAGCAGAAAAACAGCCACUUUUAAGUCUAAAACCCCAAAGAGAAAAUACGUGGAGGGCCACGGAUCGCAAGAGGAUUCUUCCAGUAGCAGUGAAGGUCCUACUGUACCCCAGGAACGCACUUCAGAACAGUCAGUUAUAUCUGCCAUUGAAACGGAAGAUAUAUGUCCUUCGGUGAGGUCAUCUUCUACAGACACGGCCAGUGAGCAUUCUGCUGAUUUAGAAGAGGAAGCUGAGAAAGUCCAAACGGAGCUGGAGGCACCUGCGGUAUCCUGGCCUGAGAUUGACAUACAAGGUCAAAUGCAGCCCCAGAGAGUCCUGGCAAGGAAGGAGGAUGCCUUCCAUCUUUGCCAAGUAAAGCAGGUCCGAAGGAACCAGGAGCUCGGAGUGCUGUUUCCCGGCUCACAGACCAUUACAUUCCUGGACAUCAUGCAGGAGCCUGUUCUUUUGGACCAGGUCCCACCACCGGGUGAGAUAGAAGUGGGUUCUGCAGUGUGUGCCUGUGUUGGACCUGAAAACACAACUUUCCGAGAGGGGACUGUUGAAGAAAUUGUUCAGAGUCCACUGUCAUACAAAGUAUGCUUUCAGCAGAUCCCAGGCCGAAGAGAGCAUGAUUAUGGCUGGGUACCCCAUAGCAGCAUCCGACUUGUGCGAUUUCCUUGGUGUAAAGAACCUGUACUGGUAGCUCCACAGAUGGCAGAGGAGAAAUUGCAACAGACCAUUGGGAGAUUUUCAGCACCUCAUCCUUCAGAGCACCAGCCAGGUGGCUCGGCUGAGAUGCCUGCAUCUCCACGUGGCUCUGAACAAAAGCACCUUGAGGAUGCUGAAGUCUCAAAGAUCAGCUUUAGCAUGCCAGUGAGUGAGAAGUUGACUGCUGUGCAACACUGUAUUCUCUCCCCUCCUAAGUCACCCGCCUAUGGGAUGAUAAUGGGCCGCUUGCCAGAGCAGCCAUCCCCCUUGAUGAGCCCAGAUGCAGGAAGCCGAAGCAGCUGUAGCAGUGUGUCUCUGGAUAAGUGCAGUACCCCAGGAUCCCGUUCCCGCACACCUUUGACAGCUGCACAACAGAAAUACAAAAAGGGAGACGUAGUUUGCACCCCUAACGGCAUUCGUAAGAAAUUUAAUGGGAAGCAGUGGAGGAGAUUGUGUUCUCGGGACGGCUGCAUGAAGGAAUCCCAGCGAAGAGGCUACUGCUCUAGGCACUUGUCCAUGCGAACCAAGGAGAUGGAGAACAUGUCUGAAGGCCGGGGUGGUCGGGAGGGAAGUGCAGAGUUUGAAUGGGAUGAUACCUCACGAGACAGCGAAGUCAGCAGCAUACGCACAGACUCUCGUCCGCGACUUCUGGCCCCCACGGACCUCUCUCGCUUUGACUUUGAUGAGUGUGAAGCUGCCAAUAUGUUGGUGUCUCUGGGCAGUUCCCGCUCUGGAACCCCGUCCUUCUCACCUGUCUCCAACCAGUCUCCUUUCUCCCCAACUCCGUCACCCUCACCUUCUCCACUUUUUGGCUUUAGGCCAGCUAAUUUUAGUCCCAUUAACGCUUCCCCUGUCAUCCAGCGUGCGGCUAGGAGCCGACAUGUAAGUGCAAGCACCCCCAAAGGGCAAGCCGUAUUGACCCCGGAGAUGCUGCACCACUCCCACCACAGAGAUAGGCAAGCGACUGGCAUUCUACCCUCAUUCCAGACAAACCUUACCUUCACCGUGCCCAUGAGCCCAAGCAAGAGAAAACCAGAUUCCCACCAUUGUAGUGCCAGCUCUGCCGCCGACUUCCAAAAGAGCGACAGCUUGGACUCUGGGGUGGAUUCUGUCUCUCAUACCCCUACCCCAUCUACGCCUGCUGGAUUUCGUUCUGUGUCACCAGCCACCAUCUUUUCCUGCUCACAGCAGGCUUCGCCAUCCUUGCUUCUAUCCCCUCCUGCUGGCUUGACCUCAGACCCUAGCCCCUCGGUGCGCCGGGUUCCUGCUGUGCAGAGAGACUCUCCUGUUAUAGUACGCAACCCAGAUGUCCCCUUACCCUCAAAGUUUGUUGAAAAGCCCCUGGAUGGGGGAGCUCGUAUCAGUGGAGUGGUGGCAGGAGGUGGCAGUCCCCGGCGCAUGGUUAAAGUAUGCACCAAGGAGUAUCCUUCCAAAACACAACUUCAGAUACCGGUGCCCAUCAAUGCUACCCAAAUACAGAGUGCUGCACGAUCUCUACCAUCUGGGCAAACUAGCGCUGGAGAAUCCAUCACCUGCACAUCCUCUGGUCCGACAGUUCAUCCUCCAGCCAUGUUCAGCGUAUCUUCUCCAUUGCAGCCUGUGGCCUUCCAUCCAUCCCCUGCAGCCUUGCUACCAGUUAUUGUACCCAGCGAUUACAGCAGCCACCCUGCGCCCAAGAAGGAGAUCAUCAUUGGACGGCCGGGCACAGUUUGGACCAACGUGGAACCGAGGUCUGUUGCAGUAUUUCCUUGGCACUCCUUGGUCCCUUUCUUGGCUCCAAGCCAGCCAGAUUCUUCCGUCCAACCCACUGAAGGGCAGCAGCCUGUUAAUCACCCUGGGGUAUCUAGCCAGGGUAAAGAGCCCCCUGAAUCGGCAUCAGUUGCACACGAGGCUGUGCCCGUGCCAAGCAGUGAGGAUGAGCGAUGUAGAGUUCCCCACACUGAUGCAGCACCCCCACUACCCAGCGAGGAGGCUGGAAGGCGGUCUCAGCACAAAGAGGGCACAACAAAGGGCGCCACUGGGGAGCGGAGAGCCGACAGCGAGACAGAGAGUGACCACGAUGAUGCAUUCUUUUCUAUUGUACCGUCUGAGAGUCCACUCCAAGUGCAUUCUGGGAAGCGUCGGACUCAGUCACUCAGUGCGCUGCCCAAGGAGCGGGACUCCUCCUCCGAGAAGGACGGGCGUAGCCCCAACAAGCGGGAAAAGGAUCAUAUUCGCCGGCCCAUGAACGCCUUCAUGAUAUUCAGUAAACGCCACCGAGCCCUGGUACACCAGCGUCACCCGAAUCAGGACAACCGUACAGUCAGCAAGAUCCUGGGCGAGUGGUGGUAUGCGUUGGGGACCAGGGAGAAACAGAAGUACCACGACUUGGCCUUCCAGGUGAAAGAAGCUCACUUCAAAGCACACCCCGACUGGAAAUGGUGUAACAAAGACCGCAAAAAGUCCAGCUCUGAUGUCAAGCAGGUCAUGCCGAGUCCCUGGAGCGUGCCCAAGGAGAUGAGGGAGCGGAGCAUGUCCGAGACCGGAACCGCAGCUGCUGCAGGAGGGCCCCCGGAUAUUGCCCCUUCUGGACUGCUUUUGGAAUCUAAACAUGGAGCCCCCUCAUCUGGUCUGCCUCCAUGCGAUCGCAUGACCCCUACCUCCAAUUCUACUGCCCAACUUACCCGGCCCAGGGCUUUCUCCCACAGUGCUGUGCAGAGCAUAGAGCACAGAGAGGACAGCCAGGCCCUGCAGGAGCUGAAACAGAUGUGCUCACGUCGUUCUCCAUAUCCCAAUCAGAAGGCAGCAUUCGGUGGCCCAGAUCCUUCAGCUUUCCCAGUUCCUACACACAGUGAGAGUCCUGCAUGCCCAAGCUCCCGCGCUUGUCCGCCUCUUCCCGGAUCCUACCGCUCACAGCGCACAGCCAGUGAGGACAUGACCAGCGAUGAGGAGAGGAUGGUCAUCUGUGAAGAGGAGGGGGAUGAUGACGUCAUUGCUGAUGAUGGAUUUGGCUGUGCAGACAUAGACUUGAAAUGUAAGGAACGUGUGACUGACAGUGACAGUGAAGGCGUAUCGGGAGACGAGGUGGAGGGAAAGGUGGCGCCACAGGGGGUCUUUUCACCUGUUAUUCGUUCCUCCUCCCAUUCUGGGAAUUUUCCACUUUCUACUGAAGACUUGAAAUCUGAAAGACCUGUCAACAUGGCUCAGUCACCCAAACCAAGUGACCAUCCACAAACCUCUUUCCCCCGUGGGUAUCCUCCACUUCCUCCUGCCAAACCUCCUCCUCGGCCUGCCACCCAGCACCAAGCGAAACGACCCCCGGAAGUUCGUUUUACCAUGGUGGAUCCUGCUGCUGCCUACAAAAGGAAGCGUAGUGCAGACAUUGUGGGGCAUAAGAUCCAAGGAGAUGGAGCCCCUCCUGUGUGUCAGUACACCACUCAGUCUGUCAUCUCCUCCACUGCAGCCCAGACUCUUGUUCUGCCCAGCCUACCAUCACCUAACCCCUCCGGCACUGUGUAUUCUCCUGCUCCUAGACCUUAUGAUGGGCAGAGAGGGACCUUUGACAGCCGCUCUACCAUUCCUACAGUAGGGACAGUACUUGUGUCAGGGCCACAAGGAUUUGGAGUCCUGCCCCCAGGCUUCAGACAAGCCUCCACUGUGGUUACUAAUGUAGUGAAACCAGUUAGUAGCACACCAGUGCCCAUCGCAAGCAAACCAUUGCCUGUUACCAGGAGCAGCAGCAACAGUGACUUGUGUGAUGGCCGGAUACCUGGUUCCCCCGUAGGCAUUGGAGUGGUAUAUGCUCAUGACCGGAAACCAAUUCAACAGUUGUCUUCCGCAGUUUCUUCCCCCCACUCACAGGGUAAACCAGCUGGGGGGCUAGUGACCAACCUCUUGGUGGGGGCACCUAGCUAUGGACAGCCUGCACCCGGUUCCGGAAAUGGAGCAGCACCCGCUCCUGUUACAGCUCUACAGUUCAUCACCCAGAAUCCCGCAGGCAGCCCUAACGGAGGAAUGCCCCUUGGGAUACUGCAGCCGCAACAAUUGCUUCCUGCUACAUCAGGCAAGCGGGGCAACAUCACCCAAGUGCAGUAUAUCUUGCCUACCAUCCCACAGCAACUGCAAGGAGGAAUCCAUUUCACCCUUCCUCCUGCAAGCGCUAAAGUGAUCGCUACCCCUCAAGCUGUUCCAAUUGUCCAGCCUGGUCCUUCUGCCAGCCCGUCCCUGGGCAUUGUGUCAGUCGCCGGUAAAGCCCAGUCGGUGUCUCCUGCCCCCUCGCCUGGAAGUUGUGCACAAUUGCUACCUGGUACGGGACUGCUUUCUCCCAGUACUCAGGUUCAGGGCAAGAUGCUUGUUCCUGUGACCGCACCUCACAUGACCGUGCGGACAUGCCCCGCAACGCAACUACCGCUAGUAACCUCUCCCUUCCCCAUGCAGAACGGUGCACAGCCCACCAACAAAAUUAUACAGAUCACUCCCAUGCCCAUGGUUCAACCGUCGGCUCCAUCUCAGAGUGCCUUAGUGCCCCCCGGCAGUUCAACACUCCAGAGUGCUAUUCCCGUCACCAUGACAACUGCAACUGUUGUGGCGGCAACUUCUCAACCACAGAAAGUCCUUCUACCAUCAACCACUAGGAUCACUUAUGUGCCCUCUGCGGGAGGGGCCACUCUACCUCUGGUGACCACCAGCUCGCAUUCCCAGGCGGCGACACCUGGCAGUGCCCCAUGUAUACAGCCUUCCCUUGGGGCUGGCUCCAUGGCACUUGGGUUCACGACCAUAAGUCCAAGUGGUCAGGCCAUAGUCCAGCCACUGCUAGCAGGACAAAGCCAGAUUUUUGCCCAAGGGCAGGUAGGUGUCUCUGCGGGCUCGACGCCUCCCGUGCCCCCGACCAGCAGUAGCCAAGUCUUAACGGCGAUCUAUCCCUCAGUGGCGUCCGCUCUGACCGUUUCAGCUACUUCUCCUGCACAGAACUUGGUGUACACCGUGGCCAGCACAGGCUCCAUGCACUGUGCGCCAACCACCAUCCUGCCCAAAGCGGUCACUUCCCCACCGUCAAUCAGCGCUCCAUCCACAGGGGGCAGCACGCCCCAGGUCACCACUGUCACUGCCUCCUCGGUGACAUUCAGCCUGGUAGCCCCAAAACCUCAGCGCAACCUCUCUAAACCUCCUCAGAAAGUGAAGGCGGCCAUCGCCAAUAUCCCUGUGGGAUCGUAUGAGGCGACUUCACCUUCCCCUUGCGUGCGCACCACCUCCCGUCCUACAGCAUUGCCGUCUCGUGAGGAGACACCUGAACCAAAGUACACAACUGAACCUCGCGGAGUGUCCAUGGUCCGAGAAGCUACAUCAGAGCAGCCAUCUGCCUCAGCCGGCCCCUUCCCGGCAGCCUCAUCUCAAGGGAAGACUAGGUUGUCGGCAGCAGAGGAUCGGUCACGAGAUGUGUGGGCAAAGACUAUAUCAGAGGACAAGUCGGUAGGAUCGCCCAUACAGAGUUCAGCUGCCGACGUCAAAAGAGAACCCCCACAGUCUCCCACUGUCAAAAAGGAAUCAGUGUAUUCUACAGAAUGGAAAGUCACAGUACCCGAGAGUCGCUCUGAUACAGCCAGUGCUCCUCCCCCACCAUCUUCUCCCGUGGCACCACCAGCCUCGGCAAGUGUUAGUGGCUCUCCAGGAGAACCUGGCAGGUCUGCAGGAACCUCCUCUGAUGUUCCAGACAGAAAGGACGGACCUGCCAAAAAAACCAAACUACGCCCUCCACCCUUGAAGAAGACAUUCGAUUCUGUUGACAACAGGGUACUGUCAGAGGUAGACUUUGAAGAACGUUUUGCUGAACUUCCAGAGUUUAAGCCAGAAGAGGUGCUGCCGUCACCCACGCUUCAGUCUCUUGCCACCUCCCCACGGGCUAUCCUGGGCUCCUAUCGCAAGAAACGCAAAAAUUCUACUGAUUUAGACUCUUCUACAGAGGAUCCCAUUUCCCCUAAGAGGAAGAUGCGCAGACGCUCCAGCUGCAGCUCAGAGCCCAACACUCCGAAGAGCGCCAAAUGUGAGGGCGACAUCUUCACGUUUGAACGAACAGCAGGCAGUGAGGCGGAAGACAUGUUGGCUGAGUUGGAGUAUGACAAAGUUCCCUACUCGUCGCUACGCCGGACUCUGGAUCAGCGCCGCGCCCUGGUGAUGCAACUCUUUCAGGAACACGGAUUCUUCCCAUCUUCUCAGUCCACUGCUGCCUUCCAGUCUCGCUUUUCGGACAUCUUUCCCACAAAGGUGUGUCUUCAGCUGAAAAUCCGUGAGGUGAGACAGAAGAUCAUGCAGGCGGCAACCCCAACCGAACCUCCUACUUUUCCUGAGCACUCUUCCCCAAGUACCUCUGAGACUGGAUCUUCUGACAUGCAGCCCCCACAGGAUCAUGCAUUUCGGCCCGGCGAGCCCUCUGAUGCCACUUGGGAGGGAGCCCAAGAACCUCCUGAUCCCACAAGUAGCAGAUGAGGGUUCAAGGGUGGGACCCCUUGUGUAUAGCCACCCACUAAACUCCCAGACUGGAGAAGAAGCCUCCUUCGAGGAAUAACCAGGGCUGACAUGGGGGUUACCUACUCCCUUGUCCGCAUCAGACUUUGCCCCUCGUGCACAGACAAUCCACCUGUUCCUUGGUAGAAUGUGCACCUUGUAUGGGCAGCGGCUCCCUCCCGCAAGCAGAGAGACAAUUCAGACUGUAGCAGCGUCAUGAUGUCUGGCCCGGCUCAAGUACUUCUAGGUCUCUCCCAUUUUAAAAAUGGCAAAUAGACUAAUUCUGCAUUGACUGUGGAGGUUCUGCAAGGGAAGCGGGCAGCCUUGGCUCUCUCUAUGGCACUGGAUGCUCAGAAUUAGGACUUUGGAAUUGGAGCGCUAAAGGAGGAAGGUAGUGGAGACUGAAACAGUGAUGUAGCAGAAUGCAGUGUAAUUGGGAUGUAUGUCAGACCAGCACUGGUGUAGUAGCAGCAGCAACAAAGUCAGGUUACAUGAUGCAACAGUGCGGGUGUACUAGUUGAGUGUGUGUGUACUAGUUGAGAGUGUGUGUGUGUUGGGGUAUGAAAGGACUUUGCAGGUGUAGGUGUGACAUUGUCCUGCACACGUGGACACAAGUGCCGUGAUGGGAGGGAUGGGGAUUUUUAGCGGAAAAUCAUAUUUUCUUAUGACACUUUAGUUCAAUGAGAAGCAGCUGCACUAUGGGGAGCUGUAUAAAUAUAUAAAUAUAUUAUAUAUAAUUAUAUAUAUAGACCUUUUUAUGCAAGACCAGUGAUGUUAAAAUUUAUCCUAAUCAGAUCAUGCAGAGAGAAUGUCAAUCACAGAACACGUCAUAUAUAUACACACACUUCUAGAUACAUAUAUAUACACUAUGUGUAUGUCUGUAUUAUACGCGUGUGUGGAUAUAUCUAGGGAGGGAUAUGGGUUGGGUGGGAACAGACUGCACGCACAUCUUUUAGUUCUUUGCACCAUUUCCCUGGCAUUUCAUGUUGGUGCUUUUACUUUGUAUUCGUAUAUGCUGUCCGGGCGUAUUCUGCUGUGUAUGGAAACUGUAACCCGUAGCAACCAAUCCGAUUCAUACUAUCAUUUUUCCAAGAGUGAUGUAGUUGCCUGUUUCGGGAGUUUUUUUUUUUUUUUUUUAGAUACAUGCCCGUUUUCCUAUAUGUCCCGAUGUGUGCAGUCUGAAUAGGGUGACACUAUACAGGCGUAAGGAGACCUCUCCCCUCAGUAACCAGAACGUACUCUGCUGUAUAUAAAAGGGAGUGUACACCAUCAGUAUGCCAGGAUGCACAUGUAUACAGAGAACGGUGUAUACUCUUCUUGCACACUUAACUGCUAUAUUCAUAGAGGGUCUUUCUGUUUAGCAAGGGUUCACCAGCUACAUGCAUAUAGAGUGGUUGUGUGCUGUAUGUACGGUCUGCUAUAACCAUAGAUGCUUCGCUGUCGCCUUACAGUGACAAGCAGAAAGAUGUAAAGGGCUGUGGCUGUAUUGCGGCGCAGCAAAGUCCCGGUAUAACAUGACGGCUGAUAGUGUUAAUGUGGGUUCACACAUAGUGGUGCAUUUUGAUAUGUACAGCGGGCAGGGAGAUGUGGAAGGGGGAUGACAGCGGUUAAUACAGAAAGGUGCACUCUUAUACUGAUAUUCAUGGAAGUUGGUGCACAUUUUUAUUUUUAAAUGAUGUCUGUAGCAACCAGGUUUAUUUUUCCCCCUAAAAUCAUGGUUGGUUGCUAUGGCGCCCCCCUGCACCAUUUUUCAUAAAUGUCUUUGAAUGUAUGUGCGGUCAGGGUGCAGGAUUGGCCCCUUCCAGUCAUGUGACAAUGUAGUCUGCACCAGGGAAGGGCUUGCCUGCUUAUCGCAUUGCUUUGAGUUUUGAUGCUGUGUUUGUGCAGGAGACCCGUCGGCCCCUGAAACAGAAGAUGCUGCAUUAUAUAGUGCUACUAAGCUUUCCUACUCAAAGUUGCUGCAGCACAUAGACUCUGGCCAGGCUUGGAAGAUGAUUUGGUGGCAGCGGGUGGGUACAGGACCCCAGAGCAUUCCAUCACGAGCUGCAAUACAGACAAUGUUAAUUAUACCAUGGUGUGCGCGGGGGGUGGUUAAUGCUCAGUGUUCCUUUAUACGACCGCUUGUGUUUAGAGGAGAUGAACUGCUUCAGUGGCACUGCACAAACCUGUAUCGUCUAAGCUCUUAUAUGCCAGGAAGACUGAACAGGGAAAGGGGGGAGAGGCAGCCCUUGUGCCCACUCCCCUGCCACCAGCGUGCCCACAGAUCAGACCGUGGAGACAUCUUGCGCUUACUUUUUUGUUUGUUCAAAGAGAGGACUGAGACAGAACAGACAUGUUGAUCAUGUGCAAUAUUUCUUACUGUAAUGAAAUAAAAACAUUAAAAAGCA